UCGAAAAAGAAGUUGUAUUCGCCGGGGUGUGAACUGCACAUUCUCGGGAAAGCAAGUAAAUUCGAAUCAGAAUUGUGCCAAUUUCUCUAAACACACACGCACACACCCACAUGAUGAAAUUGCAGUGAGAAAUCUGCACUUUUGAUGGUCGAUACAUACAGUUUUGUAUCUUUACCUGUGUAUCUGAAUUUUCGGAAAUAUGUAGCUGUGAAAAUGUUCACAUGCAUGCUUUAUGAUUGCAUAAACAAUUAGAAGCGAAAUGUGUAUGUACGCGUAAGGAUUUGCCGAACUGUCAUUGCAAAAAGAGGAGAAAAGUGAGUUUCCCUCCUUCAAUUUCUGUGUAUGCAUUUCCCCCAUGAACUCACGUAAAUGCAUAUGUAGCUGACUCGGUGACAUGUGUUUUUUGCCCAACUCGCGAACAUAAAAUAUUAGAGGAUAGAUAAUUCGAGUUAUUUCCGUGACCCCUACAUACAAAUAUCUUAUAUCUGAGAGAUACAAAUACACACCACAUAGAUAGGGAAAAUGUUGCGGGUAUAAAGUUUAACUGCAAAGUAUACGAAUUGCGGAGUCUCGAAUUUGGAAUAAUGGAGCCGAAAAGAUGGCACUUGCAUUUAUCAUGUUUUUUGCUACUCCUUAGUUCAACGUUUUCUGAUGUCGGAAAAAUCACGUCUUCUCAAAAUCAUUUUGGAAACACUAUACAAAGUCAAUUUAAUACAAAAAACAAUACUCGUGUUAUUGCACAAAAAGGAGGUCUUGCCAUAUUACCCUGUGUGGUCAAAGUUAACUCUCCAGCUACGGUUUCUUGGAUACGUAGAAAGGACUUCCAGCUCCUGACAGUGGGACUGAGUACCCACAGUAGUGAUAAGCGAUUUCUAGUCGAACACACACGACAUAUGGGCCACUGGUCUCUUAGAAUAAAAUCUGUGAGGGAGGAGGACCGAGGAUUUUACGAAUGUCAAUUGUCAAUUUAUCCAACUCAGUCAAUAGUUAUAGAAUUAAAAAUUGUCGAAGCGGUAGCGGAAAUUUCAAGUGCCCCGGAACUUCACAUUGAUGAGACUUCUACUCUACGUCUUGAAUGCAAACUGAAGCGAGCUACCGAAAACCCUGCCUUUGUUUUUUGGUAUCACGAUAGUAAAAUGAUAAAUUACGACGCCCAAGGUGGCUUCGUAGUGACAUCGACUGUGCAAAAUAACCUGCAGAGUGGUCCGAUUUUUAGAAGUUCUCCAGCGAACAAAUCGCGCGCAACCAUGCCCAUGGAGUCCAGCAACGGCGGCCCCAACAACAUGCUUGGCGGCCCGGACAACUUCAAGGCAGCCAACACACCAUCCUCCACGCCCUACAUGCAGCACCAGUCCGCAUAUCUUCUGAAUCCCUCGGUCAGUGUGCUCACCGUGAAACAAGUCAAUUUUCGGCAUGCUGGCAACUACACCUGUGCUCCAUCCAAUGCCCGUCCUGCUAGCAUUACGGUGCACGUUCUGAGAGGUGAGAAAACGGCGGCCAUGCAGCACGCCAAUCGCAGUAUUUUGGACGGCGAGAGCAACGGAAAUGGAUCUUUCGGAUUGAUCACUUUGGGCGGACUCAAUGGAACCUCUGGCGUGGUGCUCACCGGGGGACUUUUGUACUUCUCUGGCCUGUUCCUGCUAAUAUCCGCGGUAGUAUUAGAUCGAUUCUCGUUGGCAGGAUCCCACAAGGUAUUCUUAGCAUUUGUACUAGUCCUUUCGCAUAGCUGAAACUUAUAGCUGACGGUUUUUGGAAUGGAGCAACUUCAAUCAUUCGAAAGAGUAACAACAAUAUUUGUUUUAAAAUAGAAAAUGUAAAUAGAUCACCGACAUACCAUAUUGAGAAUGCGCGAGCAUUGUAAGACAUUCGCGUACUGUAAGAUUAAGCUGUAAAUAGACUUCCAUGACAUGCAGUGUAUUGAAUUGAGAAAUUCAUGAACUUGUUACCACUUACUUAUAAAAUGCAUACUAAAAUCUGCAUAUUUUAAUGGUUCGAAGUGGUACGAUAAAGUGUAUGCUUAGAUGUUCAUAUUAAUUGACUGGUACUGACAUUUUAAUGUUGCAAACAAUGGAAUUAGCAUAAAAUAAAGAUAAAGCCAUAAAGAUUUGUUACCUAAUAACUCGAAAAAUUUGAUCGUCACCUUUAAACUGUUAUUCUGCUCAGUGUUCGAUAUUUAGCAUAUAGAUUGAUUUACGUAAGCACCUUUAGAAGUAUGCUAAUUCAUAUACUGUAUGUACAACUGUAAAUAAAUAUUACUUUCGUGGGCGUCCGCAAAGGCGCCGUCUUGAAUCCAAAUGGGCAGGAGUGCCAGCCUCGUUUUGUUUACCUUGAAGUAUGGAUUGCAAAACAACUUUUGAAUUUUGUUGCAGACGUGAAAAGGUUUUAAAUAAACAGAUCAAUUUUAAGAAACUA